AAGCGACGACCUCUUGCUAAACUUAUCUCAUCUUUCCGCUAACAGACUACUCGAUAUAAGUUUACAUCAAGCUCUUACUCUACUCAGAACACACCCUCGCAAUGACAGCUCAAGUUAACGGUGAGCCGCAUCCAUCCUCUGCAACACUGACACACAUCACCAGUUACCCUGUUGUCCACCACGCCCUGUCACACUACAAGAGCAAUCCUUACGGGAAGAAGUCGCUCGAGCUAGGCGACUCAGCUUACCAGACAUUUGCGAAGCCCAUUGUACCCUACCUGGCCAAGCCAUACGAGUACAUAUCACCCUACGUCAAAAACGCCGACAGCUUCGGUGCAGGCGCCCUCACCAAGAUCGAUGAGAAGAUCCUGAUCCUGAAAGAGUCGACCGAGAGCAUUCAGGCCAAGGGAAAGCAGGUCGUCUUUCACCCCAUCGUCAAGAUCAAGGAGAUUACCGAUCACCUGUUCAGCGUCUACAACUCCGAGGUGAAGCAGGUCGCCGGCCACGGCUUCGUUGCCACCAACAAGGCCCUCAUCUCCACCGGGCUCGUCUUGGCAACGGAGGCCCUCAAUUGGACUGGGUCCAUUCUGCGAAUGGCAAGGAUUAAGCUAAGCAAGCUGGCAAGGAGCUAGUUAGUGAAGUUAAAAGGCGGUAAUGCGGGGUUCUGCACGUAAGAAGACAGUGCCAUAACCAUGCGAGGCCCGUUUGAUACGUUGGUUAC